AUGUACGCAAUAGUAGUCCUGAAAAGUGCAAAAACACAAACCAAUCAUCCUUUUCUCCCUACAGACAAUUCCACCUAUGUCGGAUUUCCUGGACUUCCUGUAACAACAGAGAGCCCACUGGGUGUUGGUGUUUCAGACACCUCCAUAAGUGUUCUGAACAGCAGUCUCACCACAGUCUUCAUUCCACUGAUCUACAUCAUCAUCUUCAUUGUGGGGUUACCCACCAACGCCAUGGCCAUCUGGGUGUUCCUCUUCAGAAUCAAGAAGAAGAAAAAGAAUCCAAUGUCCAUCUUACUGGCCAACCUCGCACUGGCUGACCUGCUCUUCAUCAUCUGGCUCCCACUGAAGAUCCACUAUCACUUCAACAACAACAACUGGACCUUCGGGGAACCACUGUGUAAAGUUCUAGUGGGUUUUUUCUAUGGGAACAUGUACUGCUCCACUAUCUUCAUAGCCUUCAUCAGCAUUCAGCGCUACUGGGCAGUUGCACACCCACUCUCUCACAAACUGUCCAAUCGUGUAACAGUGUGUGUAUCUGUGUGUGUGUGGAUUGUGGUCUGGAUCACCACCAUCCCUCUCUACCUGUAUGACCAGACUGUUAAAAUCACCAACGACAACAUCACCACCUGCCAUGACGUCACACGUCCCAGUCAAUCAAGCUUCCCUGUUGGAUACUUCCUGACUAUGGGCAUUGUGGGAUAUGUAGUUCCCUGUUUGGUGUGUGUAGUUGCAUAUCUGCUGACCUUUUGCUCUCUCAGGAAGUCUGCAAUUGAUUCCAGCAGCAGUAAGAAGAAAAAGAAGGCGAUUAUCCUCAUGAUCAUUGUGGUGGUGAUGUUCCUGUUGUGUUUCACCCCCAGUAACAUCAUGCUGCUGGUUCACUACUCUCUGCUGGCAGCAGAGAUUCAGAAUGAAGCCUACAGCUUCUACAUUGUUGCGCUGUGUCUGGGCAGUUUGAACAGCUGUCUGGACCCGUUUGUGUAUUAUUUUAUCUCGGAUGAGUUCAGAGAGCAUGUGAAGAACACGCUGAAGUGUCGUAGCGAACGUUCUGCUGAGAGGAUAAAGGUUUCCUUCACGCAUGUAAAAUCCUCUUCAGAAUGCCCAACACUCUCAACGUUCACCCCAACAGGAUAUCAGCAAAGUAAAAGUCCUCUUAAAACACACCAACCAAUAACAAAUUAAGUUCCACGUUUGAAUGAAUUUAUUGCUGUCUGAUUAAUUAAAACAACAGAUAAAACCCAAAAAAUUUUAUUCCCUCAAUAGAUUAGCACAGUUCUAGUGUUAAAAAAUUUGCAUUUACCAUUACAAUUAUCACAGUUAAAGAAAUAAUCAGUAAUAAAUGAGAGCAACUAUGUGAAAUGCCUACAGGUGUCCAAUUUCCAAGCACUGGAUUGACGCCAAGCUCACACAUGUUACAAAACUGACACACAGUGGCAAGUGAUGAUGAGUCUUACUCUGUAGCUGAUAUGUGUAUAAAGUUUAUAAUGCCAAAGUAUAAUGCCAAAGUGAUUACCUGUUCAGCAGAAAAAUAGCAUGCUUGCCACGCUGUUUGCUUGCUGUUAUCUAUACCUGGCAACCUGGGAUGUGGAAAUGGGACCGGAGGCAUGGAAGUCGGCAGAUUCUGAGGCUACAUCCCACACAGAUUUUCGUGACGUCCUGUCUGAAGCUCUGCUGCAUGUUUCCUUAAUAUCUGAUGGUACAACCUGGUCAUGUUAUCAGUUACUAGAAAAAAUAUGUACAGAAAAUGUAUUAAUUACCAGACAAUAGACAUACACUUCUGCAUUGUUUCAAGAAAAUAUUAAUAAAUUAAUGUGUGUUUGUGCACUUGUGAGAGAUGUGCAUAUGGAGAUUCUGUGCUACCAUUUGUUUAGCAGUCUGAUGACCAAAGGGAAGAAGCUGUCCCAGAACUGCCUGGUUUUGGGAUUAUGUAGGUGUAAUUAGCAGGUGUCCAAAUACUUUUGGACUUUUUCUGUAUCUCUCAACAUGCAAAGGCAGCUUUGUGCUCGUAAUGUUGAGGUUUCUCUGUAAA